UAUGUCUCUGGACUCUCGAUGCAUCUGCAGCAGGCUUGGUAGCAACAGGUUGGUCUGUGAACAUGCCAUCGGAUAACCAAAUGAAGCGAAACAAACCAACAGGUUAAUUCCUAGCCACUGAAGUUCAACAGGGAUCUGUAUUCGGCUAUUGAAGCAUUCAACCAGGCAUUGUCUCAAAGCCACAGCGGUUGGCACUGUGGUGGCAAUAGAGCACCAUGUGAAAUCUUCAUAAAAUGGCUACUUAUGUACUGUGGUCAGCAGUUGUCUGGACUCUCAAGGGCCUGUUGUGCACAUGGAGGUUUUUCUGGGUCAGCCAUUAUUGUGCUCUAAAAUCUGCACCAUUAACACAGCAUGCAGCUGACACUGACCAUAAAUUACCCUCCAAACUGUCCCCAGCUGUCCAGGAUGUCAAGCAUCUGGCAAGGACAGAUGUAAAUGCAGACUCAGAGAAGAAGGUCAAACCAGAAAACUGUGUUCAGCCUGAACGCACAAGUGGCCUGUUCAAGAGACUGCUAAAGGCUGAGGGGGAGAUUCAAGAACUGAAGAUAGAGAUUGCAAAUCAGAGACCAUCAUGGGAGAUGUGGUUUGUGGAGCUGCAAAAGAGACAACAUAAUCUAAGAGACCAGCUGACCUCUGAGAUUCUGGUAAGGACUGGAACACUGUACAGAGACAUUGAUUUAGAAGAAGCAAAUGAAGUCUUUCUAGAGUCUGGCUUGGAGAAUGGACUUAAUCCUGAGGAGAAGGAGCAUGAAUGUUCUAGUGGUCUCAGACACCAGCAAAAAGGACCUGAUGUGGAACUGCUUAGAGAUGGUGGCAGUCAAACCUUUUGCCCAUCAGACUCCAGAGCCAAUUCUGUCACAUCUAACAUCAGUGUAAGGUCUUGGAGGAGUGGAGGGGGACCUCAUCGAGUGUUUGUGCCUCACUCCCCCAUGGAUUUGAAGAUUGGGCACAGGGUCCGAAUCAUGUUACCCUCUGGACGGAUCAGCGCCGGUACCUUACGCUACCUGGGCAACAUACAAAACUCUCCCGAAUACCAUCUUGGCGUAGAACUGGAGUUGGCUGAUAAUGGACAGCAUGAUGGCACCUAUGAAGGACAGCGCUACUUUUACUGUGACCCUGGACAUGGUGCGUUUGUAGCAUUCAGUAAAUUGUUAAUGGCUUGGGAGUAGAUGCUCUUACUGGAACACUUAAGUGAAGACUCUUCAGGCCACUCAAGGGCACUCUUGCAACAGUUCGCUGUAUGGAUCAGAGCGCAGCAAUGAUGAAGUAUUUUUGUAGGCCAACCCAUUCCCUAGACAAAAACACAACAGGCUUUUGGAUUAUUGCAGAAAUUAUGAAGUAAAAAGCUAAACAUGGUCACAUGUCACCAAUAUUACAUACCACAAAGUUUAUUUAAGACAUUUUCCCUGAAAGUUUGAGUUUUAAUAGUAUGCAAUAGCAUGAUUAUAAA